AUGUGUGUUUGGUCUUCCAUCGCCUAUGGCUGUGGCCACCAUGGAGUGAGCCACCAAAUGUGCAAGGUCAAGGAGGAUGCAAGAGACACCGGUUUCAUCCACUCUGUCCAGUGCGAACUGAUAGAGACAGCUCUGGAACAGCCGCGCUCUUGCCCAGCGUGUGGGGGAAGGGUUGAGGUGGCGGUGGUCACACCAAGCAAGCAAGACUCACACCUUCUCGAGAAAGACUCUCGCAACACUUUACCUUCACAGACCGGCAAGACUCUUCCAGGCGCACAUACCCAAGAUAGCAAACCACUUCCACCACGCCUACCAACACUUGCCGGCAUCUUGCUUAAGAAGCGCAAGAUUAAGAUCUGGCAAGGCACAUCCCAAGCCACAGGUCUUGAGUGGGCUCGACGAACUGAGCAAGAUGACCUACCAAAGGACCUCCUCCCCGCUGACGGACGCGUCAUCGGCGAGGAUGGCCAACUUUGGCUAACAGCUGCUGCUCACCUGAAGCAGCAGAAGCGUGGCAAAGUUCCACUAUUCGGAUUUGGGAAGAAUCACCUCCAUGAGAGGGAUCAACCAGAUACGCUUCGAGAGGCAUACAGAGCUGGCGAGACUGGCCAGCAAGCCAGCUCUGGCCUUCGUGCAAAGCCUGCCUUGCCUUUGACAAGCAAGGCAGGUCAAGAAUCAGUAUCUGCUCAAGAAGAAGCAGAGCUAUUCUUUAACGUCAAAGAACAAGACAAGAGACAGAACUACCCCUCCUGCCUUGUCCCAGGUGGACCAAGUGAUCUCUCGCAGAAGAUCAGUUACUCACAACUGUCUGCGCUUUACGAGGUCGCCUCUACCAACACCCCUCGAGAAACGACAGCACGAAAUACCACUGAGCCCGUCCCAGCUCAGGGCAAAGCUGCCAAGUCGUCUCAAAACAACACCACCAGCACAUACAAAGCGUAUGAUGCUGGGAAGCAGCAAGCCGCAGCUUCCGUAGCCCCCACCACUAGUGUGGUAAUGAUCAACGCAGCCAAGCCGGCUGCAGAUCAGAGCAAGCGCUUUGCUCCCCGACUUCCAAACUCGAAGCGCAUCUCCCCUCUCCACUUCGAAGGCACAGUCCUCGGAGCUUUCCGCAACUUCUCUAGAUAA